UAAGAGAGGCAAAACAGAAAUUUUGUUAGACGUAAUUUAAUCAUUAAGGAUUAUGGAGGGCACUUCGACAUGGAUUCUAAACUACGAAUCUACGACGCACAUCGUUGAUUACAAAAAUUCAGGAUCCUUCUCAAUAAAUAUCCAAGGAUUUGAGCAGAUUCUUAUCCGGAGUCCUAGCGGUCGUGAAACUUUGGCUCAACAAAAAUAUCUUGGAGAGAAGAAUGCAACAGUAACAAUCGAAUCCGAGAUCCCACCUGCUUUCCUCACUGGAGAAGAAAUAUGCAGUAGAUAUGUGGCUAACGUGUUGUCCAAGGAAAAUAUCAACAACUGGAUUCAGCAAAGAGUUGUUCCUAAAAUCUGCAAAGACGUGAUUAAUAUAAGUCGCCGCCUUGAAGAAGAAGAAGAAGAAGGUUUCUUGGUUGAAGCUGAAGUUGAAGUUGUUCUAGAAACAUUGUAUAGUAAUUGGUUAAGCUUCAAUGAUUACGACUCUCAAGGUGUUCUAAUACCAACAGAAGAAGAGUGCAUAAUAUGUCUAGAAGAGUUAUCAUCAUCAAGUGGUGAGAGGAGGAUCAUGAAUUUGCUUUGUUCCCACAGUUUUCAUAAGGAUUGUCUUCUCCCGUGGCUGCGACGCAAGCGUUCAUGUCCAACUUGUCGUGACGACGUCCACAAUCCUCGACUAGAAAGAAGACCACCAGGAAUGAUAAUUUUCGCUUUUGAGAGAUCUUACGAAGAAGCAAAAAUGGCGGUCCCGUUGCUUACCAAGAAGGUCGUGAAGAAGAGGUCUGCUAAGUUCAUCAGACCCCAGAGCGACCGCAGAAUCACCGUCAAGGAAAGCUGGAGGAGGCCAAAGGGUAUUGAUUCAAGGGUGAGAAGAAAGUUCAAAGGUGUGACUUUGAUGCCCAAUGUUGGUUACGGAUCUGACAAGAAGACUCGUCACUAUCUUCCCAAUGGAUUCAAGAAAUUCGUUGUUCACAACACAAGUGAGCUCGAGUUGUUGAUGAUGCACAACAGGACUUACUGUGCAGAGAUUGCUCACAACGUCUCUACUAAGAAGAGGAAGUCAAUUGUUGAGAGAGCUUCUCAGCUAGACAUUGUUGUUACCAACAGGCUUGCUAGGCUCCGUAGCCAAGAAGACGAGUGAAGAAGGAACAAGCCUACAACUUGAGAUAUUUAGUUGUUUCUUCUGUUUUGUUGCAUUUCCUUUUUUUUUGUUGUAAGACGAUUUUGAUUUACUGCUGUUUGUGUUUGGAGUGGACAAACAUGAGUUUUGGUUUUAGUAUCAAACAGAUCAAGUUAAGACUUUUGGUUAAAACUAUUUCAGAUUCAUUACUUGUCAAAGAUUGAGCCUUUUUCAUCUAGAGUUUGAUAAUUUAUCAGAGAGGGUCUUAAGUAACAUUAGUGGAUGAUUUGAAUUGUUCGAGUCUCUCCAAUGAAGUAGACAGGAAGCG